AUGUUUCCUUCGUCAGCGGCGAUGCUGAAGAAUCUGCAACAAAGUGCAAUGACCUCGCCGUUUUUGAUGGAGAACUUGCUCCAGAGCAAGGCGUCGCCCGGUGCCGAUUUAACCAGCUUGACCUUGAACUGGGCGGCGAGUCUGGUAGCGAGGCAGCGGGAACGAGAAUGCGAGGCGAACCUAAGGAUCUCCAGGGAGAAGAUUUCGCCGUCGAGUGCAAAUCAGGAUCAGCUGGAUCAACGAUCCUCCACCGGUGCACGUGGCUCGGAUCGUGGAAGUUCGAUGAUCGACUGCAGGGACCAUCAACGAGGAUCUUCCGGGAGGAUCGAUCGACAGAACGAUCGCAUGCACAUUCUACGGGAGAAGGACGGUAUGGAGAGGAGUCAGAUCACGUACGUGGACGUGGACAACGAGAGAAUCGACGGACACGUAAUCGUGGAUCGUUUAUGCGCGAUGGAGAGGCUCUGUAACGAGAGGAUCGAGAACCGAUCAAGUUCCGCGGUGGACUCGUGCAACUCGAACGUCGACGAGGAUCCGACAAGUAUCGAGAUGGACGGAGGACUACAAGGCGAGAGGGAAAAGGACGAUGGAAUUCUAGGAGGUGAACGCGUGACGGCAUUACAGCCGGACAGGCGGUACGACCUUGGAUGCAGAAACGUCAUGCACACGUCCGAUGAGAUGACGAUUCAAGGGGAGAGAGACGUGGCGGUCGAGCGUGUCGUCGACAGGAUAGGUGAGAGAACGACCGCCUGUUCCUGCGGCGACGAGCAGUGCUUAGGACCCGCAUGCAGAACCAUCCAGGAGAAGGAGAAGCCACAGCUGAAGUUCAGCGUCAACGCUAUACUUGGCGGCAAUCAUGACAGGCGACCGCAUUCGGAGAAUUUUCAAGGACUUCCGCCGGAAGCGAUACCGGCGUUCUUGCAGAAUUUACAAAAUUCUGCGAGUUACAGUAUCGCGAAACCGAUCGCCAGACCAGCGGCGUAUCAUCCUUAUCACAGGCCGAGUCAUCAGCCACCUCAGCGUCAUUUACCCCCGAAUGCGCACCACACGUUGCAACAAUUGUUCUACAGGGGACCCUACUUAACAGUUGCGGGUUCUGGAACUGGAGGUCAUCAUCCGGGUGCUCCAGGUGGUGGGACAGCGUUUCCAGGUGCGAUUCAAGGUGGGCUGGGUGAUUUCACGAGCACUGGCCUGGUAUUUCCAUGGGCAACAAACGCACGUGGAAAACCUCGUCGAGGAAUGAUGAGAAGAGCGGUUUUCUCGGACCUUCAAAGACGUGGCCUUGAGAAAAGGUUUCAGAUACAGAAGUACAUCAGCAAGCCGGAUCGUAAGAAAUUGGCUGAAAAGCUCGGCCUGAAGGAUUCCCAGGUGAAGAUUUGGUUCCAAAAUCGGCGAAUGAAAUGGAGGAAUAGCAAAGAGAGAGAGUUGCUAGCAACCGGAGGUUCUCGAGAGCAAACAUUGCCAAACAAGAACAAUCCGAAUCCUGACUUAAGCGACGCGGAUGGAGACAGGCCGAGGAUGGACUUGAGCGACGUGAGUCCUUUAACGAGUCCUCAACGGCCGGAAGAGCAAACAGAGAACGAAGAAGACGAGGAGAUCAAUGUCACGUGAUGAAAUUCCAGUGAACAUCCUGAUAUAAACGUGUUCGUUUGAUGAGACACGAUCGUGACUCAUGAUUCAGGAUUAAAAACGACGAACAAUUAGCAGGCAGUGAAAGUGUAUGAAAAACACAUCUGGUGAAUUUCAAAGGAAGUUUCACUACCGCUUAAAUCAUAAUCAAAAUGUGUCUGUUCGAUGAAAUAAUAAUGGUUCAUUACAGAUUCGGGACUCACAGGAGAAAAUUCGACGAUUUAGACUAUAAUUGAGGAUAAAAGUUUUGAUCGGUCGAGGUCACUAAGUUAUUUAUGACAUCUAAUUAUUUUAUAUAUUGAGAAAUGUAAAAGAUUGCGUUUAAAUUGACUAUGAAUCUUUAAUAUACCAAUACAUUAUAUAAGAAAAAGGAAUAAAGAGCAAUAUUGAGUCAUGUUUGGUAGAUGUAACUUGCAGUUAAAGUGACCUUGAAUGUAUGAAAGCAUUCUAUAAUUUAUCCGUGAUAUUCUUAUGGAACUUGAAAAAAACGUUCGUGAGAGUGAUAGAUUCUCCUGUGCGUAUCCUAAGAUUUAGAGCUUUUAAAUGAUUUCCAAUCUUUUAACCGUAAUACAAUCUUUGUAUUUAGCAAUUGCAACAUUAUCUUUUUUAACGGUGAAGCUCAUUUUUGUGUAGAUGUAAUUUUACUUUUUGCGAUCUGUGAACACAUCUUCCAAUAACUAGAUGAUGUAAAACAAUCAGAAAUAUAUGACACGAUGAAAAUCGUAACAGAAUUGUGACAAAAUAAUUUCCUAGAACAAACAAUUUAAAUUUAGAGAAGUUUUAUAAUUAAAGAAAAAAAUAUUUAAACAAAUAAGCAAAGUUUCCUUAAAUUAUGCCUUACAUUGUUUAUUAAAAUUGCAUAAAAUGAAUGCCCGAUUUUUAUCGCGCCUCGAAUUUUUCAAGUCUAAAUAAUUUUUAAGAGACAAAAUGAACGAACAAAGUUAAUUCAUCGACAAUUUUGCGACAGCAUUGUAUACAUGUUCCAUUGUACUAUGUUCGAUUCGCGAAAGUGGAUCUUAUAACAUAUAUAAAUUAAAUCUACGAAGAAAAGCUUGAAGAUAAGAAAUUGAGUUGUAUAAAAGGUACUGUCCUAUGAGACAUUCAAAAUAUUUUCUGAAUAACUUUUUACUUUAUGGCAUAACAUCAACGGUAUCUUGAUAAUGUAAUUAUAAAAAUUAAUUUGUAUCACCAGAAAUAUUUGCCGUAAUAACAUAUAUGUAAAUUGAAUUUAAAUACAUUUCUGUUUAAAUUAUUGAAAUUUCUGUGUAAAUUUUUAUCUCUCGAGGAAGUUUCGGUAUAAUGGAAUUUCCACUAAAUCGAGAAAUGUAUUAUAUUGUAAGUAGAAAUGGAUGUAAGUUUGCGUAAUUUUCAGUAAGGUAUCGUAUAAGGUUGUACUAGACAUAACGUUACGAUAACUAAGAUAUGUACCUAAGGUUUAAGGAUCAUGCUCUCGGGCAUCAAAAAAACCAAAUGUAAUUAUUCAUUGUGAUGCAUUAUGAUCUGUGUAAUAUAUUGCAAUAAAACUGUCUAUGCUAAUUACUUUGUA